AUGGAGUCCUUCGUCACGUACUUCCCGGGGACGUCCACCAUCCUGUUCGGCCGGCCGUGGGAGCCUCAGCCGGCCGCCCUGACCAGCGGCCAUGACAGCAGUCAUGAGCGACUCAAGAUGGCGGACGAGGGCCUGUCCGAGGCGCUGCUGGACCGGCUGGGGGCGCUGGCGGCCGAGAGGGAGAACCGCGACUACCGCGACAAGGACAGCAACGUGGAGAACCUGCGCAGCGUCGCCGCCAAGCUGCACGCCAGGGCCACCACGCAGGAUAAAACAUGCAAGGAACGGACACUCUCGCUCAUGAGGGCUCGACGACCUUCGCUCAUUUCGGACGUCGUAUCUUUAAUUGAGAGUACCCGAGAUGCGCCAUCCCUGGCUAGCCUGGUCGGCAUUCUUAAGGAGAGCGUCGCCUGUGACUACCGAGGCCAGCGCGUAGCCGCCGUGUCGCAGUUGGUGGGCUGCAACUCGUCCACGGCCACCGCGCUGCUCCGCGUGCUGGCCACGCUGUCCCCCAAGGAGGUGCACGCGGCCGAGACCCUGGUGUCCGACCUCGUCUGGCUGCUGUACAGGAUCGCCCUGCGAGACGCCAAGUUCUCGACCAAGGUGCGCUCCGCCAGCGCGUCCAAGGUGCUGCACGUGGUGCUCCGGACGCAGGCCAGCGGCGGCAAGCUGCUGCUCCCCGCGCUGCACAUCUUCCAGAUCGUCACCAAGAACCCGGCGGUGUGCUCGGUGCUGGCGCGCGACGGCGUGGCGCCCACCCUGGAGAAGCUCCUGAGCGCCGCGGGGGUGCUCCCCAGCCCCAGGCUGCGUCUCAUCCUGAUGGUCGUCGCCAACCUGUGUCGCACACGGUCGUUCCUGUCCCGCCUGUGCCGCGGCCCCCUGCUGCCGCUGCUGCUGCGCCCCAUGACCCGCUGGGACAGCUUCGCCGGCCGCGUGCGGAUGCGGAUCUGCCAGUGCAUCCUCGUGGCCCUGCAGCAGGCCGUCGGCUCAAAGGCGGGGCGCAAGGCGCUGGUGGCGGGGAGCGGCGGCGGCACCGCGGCGCUGCAACGGUUCUGCCGCCUGUGCCCCGAGGAGAAGGCGUACGACGCGAUGGUGUCCAGGGUGUGCGGCGUCCUGCAGCAGCUCGCCGAGCGCAAGGGGCUGCCCGUGCCGACGUGGGUGGGGCCCGCCACCUUCCAGUACACCCCGGCAGACCACCCAGGCGAGUUGGAUUCCCGCUUUGUUUCUGAUUUGGGAGUUUGUUUUGGUUGACCGUGGCGGUCUCCGCUCGCAGAAGCCGACGGCGGCCUCAGCGACGACAGCGGCGACGAGGCGGACGACGCGGACGACGUGGACGAUGAGGACGACGACGACGGCGAGGCGGACCUGGACGAGGAGGACGGCGCGGCCGUGCGCCAGGACGUGUCGUCGGCGCCGUCGUCGCGCCGCUCCUCGCACCGCGGCUCCGUCCCCGAGGACGCCGUCCAGGACGCCGGCCAGGAGGCGCAGCAGCCCGACUCGCCGCACCGCCGCGACUCCCAGGACCUCGUCGUCUCGUACGCGUCCUUCUGCCGCGAGCUGCUGGACCCCGUGCCGCGCGCCACGGACCAGCCCUCUGCUGCAGGUUCGAAUCCCACUCCACUCUGAUCCCGAGAGUCGUUUUCGGCACCCUGAUACACUUAUGUGGCGCCUCUCUCUCUCGCAGCGUGCUCCGAGCUGGCUGUGCUGCACGGCGUGUGCGCUACACUGCCGCCGCGCCGCGCCUACUGCGCCGUGGCGUCCAGGGUGCGCGCCGUGGUGAAGGCCGCCAAGGUCGCCUACCCCGACAUGGUGGGCGGCGGCUGCACCGGCCAGCUGCAGCCCCUCAGCGCCAGGGACCGCCGAGUGUGCAGGGCCAAGUUGCUCCAGUGCGUGGACCGGGUGCUGCAGCCGGGACAGCUGUGGAACAUCGUCGCCUACGACCUGGACAGACUGAUGGCCGAGCAGCAGGUCAAGGAGGGCCCCGGCGCGCGAUUGCUGAAGAACGAAGACGAGAACCGGCUGGGGUGUCGCCAGAUGCCCGCCAACGGCUUGCGCUUCGAGUCACGCUUCGAGAGCGGCAACCUCAGGAAAGCCGUGCAGAUCGGGCCUCGCGAGUACGACCUGAUCCUGUCGUCGGACGUCAACUCCACCAAGCACCACCAGUGGUUCUACUUCGAAGUGUCCAACAUGGACGCGGACGCGGCCUACGUCUUCAACAUCGUCAACAACGAGAAGGCCAACAGCCAGUUCAACUUCGGCAUGCAGCCCGUCGUGUACUCUGUGCGGGAGGCGACGCUGGGGCGUCCUGGCUGGACCCACAUGGGCAGCGACAUCUGCUACUACCGCAACAGCUACCAGCGGCCCGACGGCCGGCGCGGACGGCUCUACCACACCACCACCUUCAGCAUCAAGUUCCCCCACGCCUGGGACGUGUGCUACGUGGCCUACCACUACCCGUACACCUACACGCAGCUACUGAUGCAAGUGGUCCGGUGGUCGCGCAGCGCCGGCGACGACGUGCUGUUUCGCGCCGAGUCCCUGUGCCGCACCCUGAACGGGAACGAGGUGCCUGUCCUCACCGUCACCGCCAAGGACACCAAGCAGAACCCCGUCCAGGGCCGCUCCCUGCUGUUCCUUUCGGCGCGCGUGCACCCUGGCGAGAGCAACUCGUCGCACGUGAUCCAGGGCACCCUGGACACCCUGCUGGCGCCCACCGCCCUGGGCCGCGCCCUGCGCGCCUCGUACGUCAUCAAGGUGGUGCCCAUGCUCAACGUGGAGGGCGUCGUCAACGGCUGCCACCGCUGUGGACUCACCAGCGACGACCUCAACCGGAAGUGGAGCAAGCCGGACCCCAAGCUGCACCCCUCCAUCUACCACACCAAGGGGCUGCUGGAGUACCUAGUGCGCGUGCUGCGCCGUCCGCCCUACGUCUACAUGGACUUCCACGGCCACUCCCGCAAGAAGAACGUGUUCGUGUACGGCUGCUCCAGGGCGGACUCGUGGUCCGCCGCGGACCGCGCGCACCCCGACAGCCCCGCCGAGUACGCGGUGCUGCCGCAGCUGCUGUCCCUGGUGGCGCCCGCCUUCAGCCUGUCGUCGUGCAGCUUCCGCGUGGAGCGCGGCCGCGAGGCCACCGCCAGGGUGACGGUGUGGAGGGAGCUGGGGGUGCCGCGCGCCUACACCCUGGAGGCGUCGUACUGCGGCUGUGACCAGGGCCCCUACCAGGGCUACCAACUGAGCAGCGCGCACCUUCGCGAGGUCGGCGCCAACCUGUGCCAGGCGCUGGCCAGCCUGCCCGACGAGACGGAGCGACAGCGGCGGCUGCAGGUACACAUUUAG